AUGGGAAACGUAGUACAAUUGAAGGUAGGUUUACACUGUGAAGAUUGCAUCAAGAUGAUCUUAAAAGCCAUCAAGAAGAUCGAAGAUAUCGAGACAUAUGAUGUUGAUACAGGACUGAACAAGGUGACUGUUACAGGAAACGUGACAAGCCAACAAGUCAUCAAAGCUCUACACAAGAUCGGGAAACAGGCUACUAACUGGGAACAUGCUUCAACCACAAGCCACUAGAUCCAUCUUCUCUAUUGAGCUCAUCGUUGAAGGUUUUGAUUGAUUUUCAAACUUCAUAUAUAAUCUUGUAUCAUCUACUUCUGUUUAAUCUAUUAUAUUAUAGAUGCAACAGUCGAUCAUACCAUGUUUUGACAAUGAUAAAAUCUAGAGGAUUAUACCAUGUUGUCACAUA